GUGCGGCACAGUGCAGACCACGUUGCUUUCCGCUCUCGGACUGUCCCUAGACCUAAUCUGCACCCCACCACGAUAGUACUGCCCCACUCCACUGGCAGAACGACUCAAGUCCGCCAUGAUUGCCAUUCAUCGUGAGCGGCCCAGGCCGGGCGGUCCCCGUUCAAUAGACUGCCCAGCGCCGUUAGCUGUUAUUUGUGCCCCCUGGCCUGUUUUCGCCUUGUGCAAGAUUCCAUCGUCGACCGAACCGCUGCUCGCCUCGUCCACCGCACCGCACCGCACCGCAACGCAACGCACUCGACCCUCGUCCAACGUCCAACGUCUGCAAUUUGAUUUCCGUCCGUCCUGCCGACGCCGCCGCCGCCGCCGCCGCCGCCGCUUCGACGCAGAAGCCACCGAUAUCGCCCGAGCUGAAGCAUGACCGCUGUGUAGCAGCUGGAACCCCCUCCUCUCUCUCCACCAUUGUUGCGCGACCCAACAGAACGGGCCCCCUUUGGUUGUUGAGACUUGACGGUGGCUGUGACGACGACGACGACGACGACGACGACGGGGCAGCACCGCGCCGUCCGCGACAAUGAAAUCGGACGAGCCAAGGCGGCGAUUCGCCCCCGUCCCCCUUGAGACAACCUUUCAAUCCAUUAAGAGCGGCCCCCAGCACGAGCAACAACAACCACCGCAGCCGCAGCCGCAGGGUCACAUUGGGCCGAACCCAGAGCUGACGCCAGAACCCUCGCCUCGAUCGCUGUCGCCGGCAAUUCCCGACCUGCCGCUGCCGCUGCAACCACCGCAACUGCACCUGCUACAGCAUCAUGGGCUCGCACCGCUGCAGAGACGGCGCUUCAAGCCGCAGCUGAUCGAGACGUCCAGGCGCACCCACCGGGCGGGCGACCCCGGCCCCGCUACUCGGCCGACGGACAAGACUGACAUCACCCCCUACACGAACCACAUCUACGUGGCAAGGCCCAAGCCCCGGCGGAAGCGCGGGGACUCGCAGGAUGACGAGCCGGCCCGUCACAUGCCGCCGACGCGGCGCGAGACGGAAGAUGAGGGGGUCAAGGAGUACCUGCUCGAGCUGGCCGGCAAGGAGGCGGCACGGCAGAUCGAGGAAGCUGCGCUCGCUGCCUUUCCCAACAGCCGGGCCCGUGAGGGCGGCGUCGCCCAUUUCUACUUUCACGAGAGCUCCGGCAGCGAUGGCGCCUCGGACGACGCCCCCGAGGACCACGGCCAGAGGCUGCGUCGCAAGUCGUCGUCCAAUCUCGGCUUGAACUGGUGGCACAGGCACAUGCAGGAGCAUGCCGAGCAGAUUGCGGAGGACCGAGACGACUACGACUUGCCCAUGGGCGACGACGAAGAUGACGAAGAUGCCAUCAUGCUGCGAACCGAUUCCGACCUCGACCGCAUGGACCUGUCCCUGCCCCCGGACCCGUUGUGGACCACGACCAACAAGCUGGACCCGGAUGACAGGCGGGACUCUAUGGCCGAGAUGCAGUCGCUGCGCCGGGCCGUCAGCCCCAUUGCCGCCGACCCGCAGCACCACCGCCUUUUCGGAGGUGACCGGCAGGCCGACGCCUGGCCCGCCGCAGACGGCCGAGCGCCGGAGCCACGCCCCGCGCCGGGAUUCCUCGCACCCGCCGACCCCGGGGCCGGGCGCCCAUUUGCUUCAUUUGGGCUGCAGCCCGAAGAUGUCAAGCUGCACCUCAUGCGACAGGCAGCGUCACCGCCGAUGCUGGGCAAGGAUCUCACGUUCCGCAGGUGCCCGUCGCCCAAGCAAACCAAGCUGGAGACGGACCACCCCUUUGUCGAGCAUGGGGGGUCGGUGGAGAAGAAUCGGGACACGUCGGGUCAGGGCGGUCUCUGGAGGGGCUACUGCUUCCGUUCCGAGUCUAACACCGACUUCAUCGUGCCGGCGGACCUGCACCCCGCGCCCAUGAUGGUCACGCCGAUGCCGCCGGGUACACCCGGCGAGCCGCCCGCGUACGAGUCGUUGAGCGAAGAGCCCGGCUCGCUGUACGCGUCUUCGUCCAACAACAGCUCCUCGGGCAGCUCGCCGCCGCCGCCGAGCCUCUGGCGGGCCGACCACCACCAGCGCCGGGCCAGCAGAGGCGGCCAGGCGGCGGCCAACAAGGGUUUGCACAUGCUGCACGGGCUCGACGAGCGUCUGCACCGCGAAAAGACGCAGGCCGAGCGUGACGAGAAGAUCCUGCACGAGUUUGACGAUGAGUUCGUCACCCAGGUGUACAACUACCUAUCCCUCGGGUACCCGGCCAUGGCGCGGUCCUUUGACGAGGAGCUGUCCAAGAUCACGCGCGUGAGCGUGGAGGAGCUCGGCCGCGACGACGAGCGGCAGAUGGCAAAGGGCCACAUGCUCGAAAUGCGCCUCGACGACAACCCCGAGGAGGCCAGAUGUCCGCGCUGGAGGGCCCUCAAGACGUACAUUUACGAGUGGGCGCGGCAGCACCCCAACCUCGACAACCUCGAUCCGCUGGCCUGGGGCGUCAGGGAGCGGAGGGGCAGCUGGGCCAUUUGAAGCAGGUGUCUCCUGCUUCCUCGCCUCGAUGCGAGGCUUGGCCAACAACGUCUUGGCACAUACCAAACAUUUAUAUCCAUCAUAUUUUCCCUUUUCUUCUUCUUCUUCCUCAUCUUCUCGGUUGGCAUAUGGUCACCUUGGAUAGCGGGCGUUUCUUUUUCUUCUCCCAUCCUACCACCCUUUCUCACAGGUUACUCUGCCGCGGUACUUGGUAUCUAAUGGCUUUAGAAUGCACGAAAUUGAUGUUCUUCAUGCGGCGGCUGCUCACGUCUCUUGCGGCGGCGACUGGGGAGGGAGACUUGUCCAUCUGCAUCAUCCGGUUGCGGGGGCGUUGUUGCGAUUCAUAUAUUUUUACUACCUGCUUUGGCAAAAGGAACAAGAGAAAAAAACAGAAAGGCUGUUUUGCGGCUUGUUGGCCGGCGCGGCGUGUUGGAUGGAUGUUCGGUGGUGGUGGGGGAUUAUCGUCGCCUUGGGACCGUUGAAGCGUGGCAUGGGCGUGGGCGUGGGAGGCGGGGCAGGUUAUCAUCAUCCAUGGGAGAGAGGUCGCGCAGAAGGAGACGUGCGUGCGUGUGAUGAUGCGGUGGCCCUGGAGGUGUCCGAGGCACGGCAGCCCACGGCCAGGUAGACAGACAAAAGACGAUUCAAAGCGAUACAAAAGAGAGAACACAUUCAAGC